UCUUUCGCUUUCUUUUACUAUCAUUUUCUUCUCACUUCCGGUCUUAUAAACAUAGUGGGGUUCCUGUGGUAUCGUCUUCUUGUGACACGUCGUUAUGGCGUAUUUGAGUCAAGGUAAUGUUUUAGAGCGAAGAUCAAUAUGGCGGUUGUCAAUAAUAUCAGAUUUUUUCUGGGGAAUCGUCGAUUUCAUCAUUCUUUUCUUUCACACCAUGAUUUCGCCUGGUUUGACGAAGCAUGGUAAUUCAUACUCAAGUACAGAAUACAGACCUGGCGGAGGACCCCCAAAGCCACCAGGAAGACGGUUUGGAAGAUUAGGCAGAGGAGGAGGUGCACCAUAUAACCCUGGACCACCAAUGGGAGGAGGUGGAUGAGGAAGGUAAAUGCUUGUCACAGCAAGUAGCCUACUUGUGAAGACAAGCGAAUACUGAAGACAAUAGCUGCAUGACAGCAACGCUGUCGCUGUCAAAAUGAUGUCACCCAGGCAAAACCACUGCCAUUGGUACCUGGAAUGUGAUUGAUGUGUGCUGCUUAUUGCCUUUUCAAAUAUUUUUAUAAAUUAUGGACAGUAGUGGACUGGAUAAUGAGUAUUUAUCAACUGCGAGAAUGGACUUAUUGUAUGAGACUUAAUUGGAAUACGUUGCCUGCUGGUCUAGGCCAAUCAUAUGCCUUCUUAUUAUAGCAUUGAAAUGGAACUGAUGAAUACGGGAAAAUAUACACUAAUAAAGUCAGUCUAAUAGCUGGCAAGCUUUCUUACUGCUUUAGUAACUAGAACCUGUAUAAAUAUUGUCGUUACUAUAAGAACACUGAUACUUUAUAAUUAUGUAUGUUAUGAUAUGAUUUUUGCUCAGCUAGUGUCGUACUGUAGAUAUAUAUAUUUGCAGGCAUAAAGAUCAAAAUGUAUCCUUCUAUUACAGAGUGAAGGAUAAAUAAUAGUUGUAUCUUAUUUCUGUUUUGUUGUUUUGUAUAUCAAUCAAAAUUAUGCUAAAUAAAGUAUUUAAUAUUAAAUGCA